AUGCCAGAUUAUUCCAUCGAACACAUCGCUACAGUAUUUCCAAUCGAACGAGAUGCAUUAAAAUCUCAAUCAAACACAGGUCAACGUCGUGAUAUAAUAAAAGACUUCAGUUUAAAUACAUCAGCUCAUGGUAUUCCUGGUAUUGCACGAAGUCAAAGUUUUCACAAUCGUGUCUUUUGGUUGAUUUCAUUUAUUGCUUUUACUGGUAUAAUGUCCUACUUUGUAAUUACAGCAAUACUUGCUUAUUAUAAUUAUCCAACUCAAACAACAAUCGAUGCAGCUGAUCAAUGGCCACAAAUCUUUCCUGCAGUAACAAUUUGUAAUUAUUCACCAUAUCGUUAUGAUACAAUAAUCAAACGAUUUUUAAAUUAUACAAAUUCACUUAAUUUAACAAAUACAAAUGAUACAAAUACAUUUUCGAAAGAACAAGUAUCAUAUAUUUCUGAUUUUGUUCGAUCUCUUAUAAAUCGUAAUGAAUCAUUAAAUGAGUUUUAUUAUCCAUUGAAAGAUAUGCUUAUUAAAUGUGUUUAUAAUGGAAAAAAUUGUUCAGCUAAUGAUUUCGUUUCGUUUAUAUCUUCAAAUUAUGGUUUAUGUUAUACAUUUAAUGCUCAAACAUCAAAUAUAAACAAUGGUGAAUUACAUUAUAAUAAUGAAAACGGAGAAAGUGGUCUUCUUCAAUUAGAUCUUUAUAUACAUAGUCAUCAAUAUGUUCCAUAUUUAUCGAAUUCUGUGAGUAUAGUGACAAUGGUUCAUGACAAUCGAAAACUUCCUCUAGUUGAAAAACUUGCUAUUCGAUUGGUACCAGGACGACGACAUAAAUUAGGUUAUACGAAAACAAUAACGACGUUUUUACCACCACCUUAUACACAUUGUAGUAACACUGUAACUCCAGAAAUGAAAGCUUUGUAUGAUGCAUUUUCUGGUGCACUCUAUGAUUAUACGAUUGAAAUGUGUUUUAUAGCAGUUAUCCAGACUUAUGUCUACGAACAAUGUGGUUGUGUUGACCCAACGGAAUGGGCUGCUCGUUUUGUUCGUCCUUUUGGAAGUUCAAUGGUGAUUCAAUCGCAACUUUGUAAUGUCACUGAUCCUUGUUAUGCAAAUGCAAGUGACAUAUUUCAAAGUACACCAGAAAUAUUUGGAACAUAUGGUUCAGUUUGUGGAUUAGAUUGUUCUUUUAUUGAUUUUCCAUUGAAAAUUUCUUCGGGUUAUGCACCAAUGGAAUGGGAUAUUGAAGAUAUAAAAACAUUUGUUGAAUCCUCAUCAAUUCCAUUACCUUCGAAUUGGUCAACAACGUGGAGAAAUGAUAUUCAAACAAAUUAUGUGGCUUUAGAUGUUGUUUGUGAAUCAACCCGAGUGACAAGUUAUAUUCAACAAGCAUCAAUAAGUGCUGUGGAUGUUGUGUCCAAUAUUGGUGGUCAAACAGGUCUUUGGAUUGGAAUUAGUUUUCUUUCAUUGAUGGAAGUCGCAGAAAUGUUUUAUCGACUCAUUCGACAUCAAGUUCAUCUUUUUCGAAGAAAAUUCAAACAAAGAAAUACGAAACAUUGA